AUGGAGGGAGGAGACACUGAGGAGGACACAUGUGUAGGAUGCAAGGAGACAUGUGGAGGAAGGAAGGAGGGAAGAAGGAUGCAGGGAGGAAGGAUGGAGGGAGGAGACACUGAGGAGGACACAUGUGUAGGAUGCAAGGAGACAUGUGGAGGAAGGAUGGAGGGAGGAAGGAAGGAGGAAGGAGGAGACACUGAAGAGGAGACAUGUGGAGGAAGGAAGGAGGGAGGAAGAGAAGGAGACAUGAAGCUUCCUCGCUCCGUCACCACUCUGAGCACCGUGGCCGUCCAGGCCGGCCAAUCACUGAUCGUCGUCUCUGUCCUCAAGAGUGGGUCUGUGGUCCACCUCCAGCUGGUCCAGGUGUGUCCCGGUCUCUGUGAGAUCGGAUCGAACCAGGAAGAAAACCAGGCACUGAUCCAGGAGCAGAAGCAGCUGAUCCACAAGCUCCAAAAACACGAGGCGGAGGUUGUGUCUGUGGUGGCGAAGAAGGGGAGGAAGAGGAGGCGUGAAGGGAUGAAGGAACAGGAGGAGGAAGAGGAGGUGAAGAGAGCCAUGGUGGCGUCUCUGAUGGAGGGAUGGUCUCUGCUGCUCAGCCUGCUCCACAGACGACUGGAAGUCCUUCAGCUCGCAGCUGACUUCUACCGCACAGCUCUGGAGUUUGCUGUGAGUAUUGCCAGAGUUGAGGAUCUGCAGAGCGACAGACUGACUGAUCGUCUCUCCUUUGAGUCCCUGAGGAAAGAUGUUUUGGGGAAAUCUCUGCAGGUUUUAAGCAGCUGCAGCAUUCUGCUGCAGAAACUGGGAGCACUGCAGCAGACCGAGGCCCUCCGGAGGACAGGAGCAGUACUGCAGGACGGAGAGGAGAGUUCCCAGAGUUCCCAGAGCUCCCAGAGCUCCCAGAGUUCCCAGAGUUCCCAGAACUCCCAGAGCUCCCAGAGUUCCCAGAGCAGCUGUGGGACGGCCCUGCGGGUGGAGGAGCUGGUGGAGGCUCUGCAGGACCGGAGGAGGAGGGCGGACGGCGCCGUCAGGCUGCAGCUGCAACAGGCGGAGAACGCCAUCAUGGUCCGCACAAACAAACACCACUCCAGAGAGGACUGGAGUCUCACAGCCGAUACGAUCCUGGACCAGAACCAGGACUUGCAGUCUGGAUCCACAUCAGACCUGCCGGCAGAGUCCGGGACAAAAGAAACCAGAACCCUGCAGUCUGGAUCCACAUCAGACCUGCCGGCAGAGUCCGGGACAAAAGAAACCAGAGCCCUGCAGUCUGGAUCAAAGACCUGCCGGGCAGAGUCCGGGACAAAAGAAGCCCUGCAGUCUGAUUAG